ACCGAGCUGAGCUUUAUUUAAUUCGUCUAACGGGUGUAGGUAGUUAUACGAUUUUUUAGCAGAAUAUUAAUGUAUAUUCAAUUCAUGUGAUUUAAUAACAUACAACAUACUGAUAUGCAAAAACUAAAGAAUAAUACUGCAGUAUACUUAUAAUAUAUCCGCGGUGGACUAGUGCAUAUUUUGUUAAGAUUUAAAAAAACGUGCUAAAUAGAACUAAGUUGUGUAAGCGUUAGUACGAUGCUGUAAUGAUAUAGGUUAUAAUAAGCAAAUAUGUCGAAAGAUACAAGUUCAAUGGUUUGGGACUAUCUGGUAUUUAUAAUAUUUGUUAUUGCAAGUACAUUUGUAGCAGUCUAUUCAAGAUUUUUUGGACCAAAAGAAAGGACAAAAGCUGAUUAUGUCUUUGCUGCUGGAAAGGUUUCAAUGGCUGCUAUGAUGUUAAGCAUUGCAAGGGGAACUUUAGGAGUCAGAUCUUUUUUAGGUUAUCCUUCAGAGCUUUUUUACCGAGGAAGCGCAAUGUGGGAAACUCUUUAUGGCAUGGUUUUGGCUUAUCCUAUAGUCUGUUUUAUAUUUGUUCCUGUCUACUUUAACCUAGGAAUAACCUCAGUAUAUCAAUAUCUUGAUAUGAGGUUUAAUUCUCGACUAGUAAGAUGUUUGGCAUCUGCCACAUAUAUAGUUAGGCAACUUUUAAACCAAGGAGUAACCGUAUAUACGCCAUGUGUUGCAUUAAAUACUGUUGUUGGCAUUCCAUAUUGGGGCUCAAUUGUUGGAAUAUCAACUAUAAGUAUAAUAUUUAAUCUGUUGGGUGGAUUAAAAGCAGCAAUACUGGCAGAUGUAAUGCAGGGACUAACAAUGAUAGCUAUAUGCGUAGCCAUAAUUAUUCAGGGCUCUAUUGAAGCAGGUGGCUUUGGCCAGGUUUAUCAAAUUAGUCAAAGGGAUGGACGAUUAAAUUUCUUUAAUUGGAGUCUUGAUCCAACAGAACGUGUAUCAUCUACGUCUGCCCUUAUCGGUCAACUUUUUAUGUCUCUUUCAAUUUUUGGAUGCCAACAAAACUUUGUUCAGAGAUAUUGCAGUAUGGAUUCUAAAAAAAAAGUUACAAGAACUCUUAUGUGCAACAUUCCCGUAAUAACGGUACUAUUCAGUUUAUCAUGGGUAGUAGGAAUGGUUGUUUAUGCAGUAUAUUCUAGUUGUGACCCUUUGACCUCUGGAUAUAUUAAAAAGUAUGAUGAAAUACUACCAUUUUUUGUUGAGGACCGAUUUAGUUAUUUGCCUGGAAUCUUAGGGUUAUUUAUGGCAAGUCUCUUUAAUGGUGCGCUUAGCCUCAAUGUUUCAAAUUUAAAUUCGUUGGCAACUGUCGCAUUUGAAGAUUUUAUACAACCGCUUCCAGUUUCUAAAGGGUUAAAAGAUUUGGAUCAACUGCGCUGCAUAAAAAUCGUUGGAGUCAUUUUUGCACUCGUUAUAAUGGGAAUUGCUUUUGGAAUUGGUAUGUUAGAAGGUGUUAUAGAAUCAUCUUUACUUGUAACAUCAGCCACAUCGGGACCUCUUUUGGGAGUAUUUAUUAUGGCAAUGUUAAUCCCUUGUGCGAACUGGAAGGGGGCUUCUUUCGGCGUUAUUUUUGGACAUGUCAUUAUUCUUUGGAUAACGUUUGGAGGACUUACGGUAGAGAAACCCCCAAUUGUACCAUUACCUCUAAAUACCGACGGAUGCACAAACACUUCUUUUAAUGACCAUAUACUGAAAUUGGAACAUCAAGGAACCUUUUGGAAAGAUUCGACUACACCAAUUCCAUUCAUGAUUUAUAAUGAUUCUUUGGCACUUAUAAAUACAACAAGAGCUGAAAAACUGGAUCCAUUAACAGCGCUGUAUUCAACAACAUAUAUGUACUAUUCCUUUCUGGGUUGCAUUAUCACUGUCAUUAUAGGUUGGUCAGUUUCCUAUUUUACUAGCAACGAAAGUGAUUUAUAUGACGAAAAUCUUAUUCAUCCUUGGGCGAGAAAAAUGGCCAACUUAUUUCCGGGUAAAAAACGACGAUAUGAAACACAAAAUUCAAAGAGAAUUGACGAACAGUUCAAAGAGCAUAGAACUUCCCAUUGCAGUUCAAGAGAGAUGGAGUCAAGUGGUAGUUCAAGAAACAGUCAUAUAUGCAAUAAAGAAAUGGGUAUUAUAAAUGCAUCUUUUUUAUCUGAGAUGCCCACCGAAGACUUAAAUGGAGUUUAUAAGUCAAAAUUGUAAUACAAGCCGGAAUAAAAUAUUUUUGAAUUAUUAAUAA